UAUGCAGUAGUGCAGUCGAUUGCAGAUCGUCCAGACCUCGCGGACCACUUUUAUUUCUUAAAUAUCAUCAUAAUUUAAUAAAAAACAAUAGACCGAAAAAGUUUUCAUGCCACGAAGCAAACUAAAAAACAAUAGAUCUUCAACGUCAUCUUAACCAUAAUUCAGUUUAAUAAACCAAUAGAACGGAUACAGUUUAACAUAUAUACAUAAAUAACCAUUUAUAAGAUUAAUACUUCACAUAUAAUUAUACUUAAAACAAAUUCAACCCUUGACCUGACCGAUUUUUAACGAAUUCUGAAACAACAACCAAACAGCAAUUAGUUAAUAUAUUAUCACAAGAAGGAGUGACAACUAUAACAAUAAAAACCAUAUAAACAUCAAUAAAAAUCACUAAGAAAAGAAAUCAAAAUUUGGAAACUAUUAGAUUAUUAAAAAAUGGAAAUGAAAAGUACAAAAUAUAUGAAGGAAACGAAAAACAAAAUCUUGAUAUAACAAUCUAGAAAUAAUUUGAUUUUAAUUAACUAUAAAUAAAAAAUUAAAUAAUCAUACAUCAUCAUACUAAUAAUAAUAUUGAUAAUGUAAGACCCUUCAUAAUUAAAAUCGAAACCGUUAUACUUAAUUCCUAUGAAAGACAUACCACUCGCACUGAUAUCAAUCGAAUAAAGGGAAAACAAUUGGCAAAGAGCUCCUCUAUUUUAAUAAGCCUUCAGAAUUUUAAUAAAACAUAUAGCGACCAGCAUCAAAAUACUCCUAUUUUAUGUUUAUCACAAACACACUGACACCGGAACAGACAGUUUUAAAUACCAUAUCCCUUUUAGCUAGCCCCUAUACACACACACACACAGUAAAGAAACGUUAAGAAAAAAAUAUAUAGAUUUUAUUUUAAGAGAAUCAUUAUAGUAGUUAUAGUUAUCCAUCAUUAACUGCUGUAAUGAAAAAUGUAUACAAAAUAUUAUUAGUACGUAAAUCCGUGGAUGUGAUUUGGCUCUAAUAAGUAACAGAUACAAGUUGAAGGCUGUCGUUUCUGAAAGUUACGUUAUUUGGAAAACAAAACUUGAUGUACAUUCUUGAAAAUCAUAUGCAAAUUUAGCAAAAAAAAAAUAUAAUUUCAGUUAAUAGCGAGACGUGGGAAAACAUCAACAUAUUAUUAGGUAUUAUUAAUUAAUCCGAGAGUAAAGACGAAAAUCAAUUAAUAUAUAAGGUUUGAGUGAUAUUUUUAGGAUUACAUCUAAACAUAAAUAAAAUUUGCAAAUUGUGAUGUCAUACAUUAAGCGAAUAACUGAAAAUUACAAACAUAAAAUUUCGAAUAUUACAAAAUAUAAAAUUGCAUAACAUAUAUAACGAAAUAAAAAAUAUAUAAACUACAAGCAAAUCAAAACUAAAAUUAUCAACUAAAAAAAAUAAUUACAUUGAAAAAAACACAACGUGUGCCUUAUGCUGGCCUUAAGUUCAAAUUAGUUUCAAUAAUAUUACAUAUAAACAAUAAUUCAUAAUUUUAAACGAAAUUAAAAUUAUUCUGAGAGGACUCACUACAAAGUGGACCACUACAAACAACUAUCAUUAAUGGAACAACUUAUCGGUUGAUUAAACAUUUCAAAUGAGAAAGUCGUGGAAUGUUUGCGAAUCAGUGGAUAUUUCAGAUUUAUUGUCAUCGCAUCUCCAGCAAAUCGAUCAUUUUGGAUUAAAAGAAAAAUCUAUAGUUACAGUUGCAAGCGAAAGUUGAAAAUCAGUUGGUUAGGAAGCAGCAGAGAGAAAAUAACCCUUACCCCAAAAUGUACAUAUGUGCAGUAUCUGAAAAAUAAAUAAAGCUCACAUUUUGUGGAUGUUUCAAAUGGAUUCAGCUGAUUUUUGGCAGCAGGCCCGAGUGCCGUUUGCCUUACAAGCUGCAUCAACAAUGCAGCAUCAACAGCAGCAACAACAGCAGCAACAGCAUCAUCAGCUUCAGCUUCAGCUUCCACUUACGCACCCACAAUCUAAUACGCAGCCGUCAGGCAAUCAGCAGCAAAAGCAACAAUCCGACCCCGCGACUACUGCAACGACUACCAAUAAUAACCACCUGCCAUUGAACAGCAAAUUGCAGACAGGCCAUCUGCAGCAGCAACAGCAACAUCAACCGCAGCAGCAACAUCAUCAACAGCAAAUGCAAUUGCAACAUCAAGUAGAGCAACAGUGUUAUGUUAGCGAAGCAAAUAAUUUUGAAGCGGAACAAGAUGUUGUCACAACGACGUCAACAUCGAACCAUCAUUUACUAUUCAAUGCAGCUGCUGCCGCCGCAGCAGCGGUACAUCUUAAAUCGACGGCCCUCAAUAAUCAUAAUCAAAACAAUAGCAACAACACAAAUUCAAUUGACAGUCAUCUCGUAUCAAGUUUGCCAGUGAAGCUGAAACAUGAGCAUGGACAGCAGUCGGAUCCUCGCCAGCAACAGUCCGAAACUGAGACUUACAGUGGCAGCGGAUUCUUUGGAUCUGUUCACAUGGCGGAUCAGCAAUCGCAUAAUAAGCAGGAACAGGAUCGCAGCACUACACCAAUAACGAAUGCAAAUAAGGCUAUGUCGCAAGGUCAGCAAUCCCCACAGCAUUCUAUUACACCAUCUGGCGGCUGUUCCACGCCUGAUAUUAAGUUCAGCAAUGAAAAGUUGGCCAACGAGAUUCAGCUUCAGCUCUCCAGAUCCAGCAGCGCAGCCGCAAUCAGUGAACGAACCCUUGAAGAAUGUUGGUCAACCCUGCAACGAGUGAGUUGGCAUCUCUUCCGUUGUCUUUUCAUGCACAAGAGCGCCAUGCAGCAGAUCCAACAGCAAAUUCCUCGUGUCGGCCUUGGGGCACAAGGGGUUGCAACCAAUUCGGCGGCCAACAUGGGCAGCAGCACCAGUGCAUCCGGAUUGGGAACUGAAACAAAGCCACAUCAAUGUCAGCAGUGCAUGAAAAGCUUCUCCAGUAACCAUCAAUUGGUACAACAUAUACGCGUCCACACCGGUGAAAAGCCCUACAAAUGCUCCUACUGUGAUCGUAGAUUUAAGCAGCUAUCCCAUGUCCAGCAGCACACGCGGCUUCAUACCGGGGAGCGCCCAUACAAGUGCCACUUGCCUGAUUGUGGUCGAGCUUUCAUACAGCUCUCAAAUCUACAACAACAUCUGCGAAAUCACGAUGCCCAGGUAGAACGCGCUAAGAAUCGUCCAUUUCACUGCAAUAUAUGUGGCAAAGGUUUCGCAACAGAAUCAAGCCUGCGAACGCACACUUCCAAGGAGCUACAGCUGCAUCUUGGUGUCUUGCAGCAGCAUGCAGCAUUGAUCGGUGGUCCGAAUGCCACAUCUUGUCCCAUUUGUCAUAAACUCUUCCUUGGCACCGAGGCUUUAAUGGAUCACAUGAAACUUGUUCACAAAGAAAAAACACCACCGCCGAAUGAGUCAUCUGGUCAAUGUAACAAUGGAUCCCAAGGUCCGAAUGGCAAUGUUUGCGCUGGUCCAAAUGCGCUCGCCUCUCAAUGCACCUCUGAAUUGAAUUGUGGCCUACCAUCGACACCAAGUCUGCAUGAAAGUUAUCUGGGCAAACGGAGAACCGCGAAUCAUCCGUGCCCCGUAUGUGGCAAGCACUAUGUAAACGAAGGAUCCUUACGGAAACAUUUGGCCUGUCAUGCCGAGACCGCACAACUUACUAAUAGUCUUCGAAUGUGGCCAUGUUCUGUCUGUCAGGCCGUCUUCACAAACGAGAACGGACUUCUUACCCAUAUGGACCAUAUGCGCAUGGAUCCCAAACAUCAGUUUGCUGCUCAAUAUGUUUUGUCGCGAGCGGCAGCAGAACAACGAGAACGCGAUUCUCUAUUGGCAGCUUCGUUGACUUCAGCCGGGAUUCGGGAAACGGCGAGCAUGUUGCCAUCGAUUGGCAUUGGUUUAUCUGGAGCUGGUGGCUCGAACUCAUUAUGCCCAUCGCCUUCGGCGAAUUCAGAGUGUUCGUCGAAUGGGCGAUUGUCCUCAUCGUCUGCAUCCGAUCAGGAACAAGACGGGGAUCAGGGUUUGAGUGAGAAUGAAAACAACAAUCACAACAACAACAUGACUAAUCUAAACAAUAACAAUAAUAGCGUGAACAACAAUAAUACCAACAACAACUGCAACUCAAGUAAAAUCAAUUUGAACUUAAGCGAGCUUCAUUUGCCCAAUUCAAAUCAGUUUAGCAUGGAGCAUGCCGAGCAGCUGCAUGCAAAUCGAAUGUCUCUAAUGGCAGCUGCUUCAGCCGCCGCAGCAGCAGUCGCUGCCUCGUCUCAUGGUUCACGCUCUCAAGAGGACUCCAUUGAUGCCGUUGUCACUGCUAACUCGGGCAGUGCGGUUGUCCAGGCGGCAGUUGUUAAUCUAGCCGCCGCCAUGCGAAUGAACAAUACUGUAAAUCCACAUACGCAACAGCACGCAGAUCAACAAAUACAGCGGCAACAGCCAAAUCAGCAACAGCAGGCUCCACACCAACAUCAUCAUCAACAUCAAAACCAACACCAAAUACCUCAUUUGCCUCAGCUGUUGUCACCACAUGGUGGCCAACAACAGACGCAGCCUGGUAGCACUAGUACCGGAGCUAGUAAUAACAAUCAGCGUUCACCCACGAUUAAUGUACCUAGUUUGCAAAUUCAAGCUGACAACACCUCAUCAGUAAUGAUAAGUAUGAUGCGCAACUCUCUGGAUUCUGGUCUUGGUGGAAUGCAUCAAUUGGAGCCAUUACAUCAUCAUCAACUUCAAUCCACGAAUUUUGCACAGGCUUCUUCGCAUCAGGGACCACCACAUCAUCAUCCCCAGCACCAUCACCAGCAUAGCCACAGCCAUAACCCGGAAACCACACUAAGAAUGCAUCAGCAAGCCGAGGCGAUUUUGCGAUCCCACACAGAAGCGGCUUUUCGCCUAGCAGCCGCUUCAGUGGCAGCAACCAAUGUAAACUCUACAGCGCCAAAUAUCACCAGUUCCUCAGUUCCAAUCGUUGUUAAAAAUGAAACAUUGUCACACCACCACCAACAACGUCAAGUCAAUGGAGAUAUACAGACAGCGAGCGCGAACGCAUUACAAGAAGUCCAACCGCAACAGAAUCAAUCAAACUCAUGAAGUCAUUGCAGUGGUUGCAUUUAAAAAAGGCAUCAUAAACCAAAAAUAUAUUCGCAUAUAUAGUUGGUAUGGUGACGGGAUACUAAGUACCAUUACUACAAUACCGAGUUCACUCAUAUAGGCAGCACCCAGUACAACGAACUUCAUCGAUCUAUAAAUUCCUACCUAUAUUGAGUUACCGAUUUAAAAUGAAAGCAUAAAGAUUGACAUUGACGGAGAUAUCAAAACACCGCACACUACUUCUACAUAUACAUAAAUGGCUUUUAAAUAUCUUCAGACUAUAUUAUUUAAAUUCAUAACUCUUAGCCACAGAUGAUUUGGUUUCUAAAAUAAGCAAGCGCAUACCAUUGUUUUGAGUAUUUAUUUAAAAUAAUGCAUAUAUGUAAUAGCAUCAACUAUCUGACUGAUCUGCUAUCCUAAAUGUCCCAGUAGACUCAGUUAUAUAGUACACAUAUUAACAUUUCAAAUUGUGAACUUGUAUAGCAUUAAAAGUAAUUGCCAUAUAAGUUGGAAAGUUAUAAUUUAUUGAUAUCAUCAUGAAUAUUUUAUGAGAACUUUAAAAUCAAAAUCAUAAAGCUGACGAUGUUAUGUCAAAUCAUUUUAAGAUCUGGUUUGAUUAAGCUCCACUAAUUCGUGUACAAUUGUACUUAAAGGUUAAUUACUAAAUAUCUUUCUGUAUACAAGUAUUACAUCAGUAUUUAUAUUGAUAUUUAUAUACACGCAUAUUGACAAUUUUGAUUGUGGAUCAUUAUUUUGAAGUUACAGAAGUUUAUAGUACAUUUACAAACAUUUAUAAGGACUUCAGGAAACUUCUUUUUAUAAAAUUGAUGCUAAAACAAUAAAUACUAUACGUAAGUAUAUUAAAUGACUUGUGAAGUAACAUAAAAAAUCUAGUCUUAUGCACAAUAUGUUGCUUAAAAUUUUGAAAUCCUGUGUAAAAAGUAAAUUUAGUUGGAAAAGAUAGAUUUCACAAAUACACACAUGUAUAUAAACUUGUACGUAUAUCAUGUA